AUGUCGCAGAGUCGCAGAGAUCCAUGCUUAAAGGACAGAAAAGAAUUUAGCGUUGAGCAGCAACAAAUGGGUUUGAAAACCCCUCUUUCUUGUGGCUGCUGCAUGUGGAAGGGGAAAAAAGGAAAAGUUUUCUCAUUCUGGAAAAGUACAAUCAGGGUGAUUGCAAUGAUGAGGAGGAAUGCAUGGAUGCACCAUCCUUCAUGCUGCUGUCAUUGGGAUAAUGUUAUAGUCUGUGCUGGUGGAAUAUUGACUGAUUGGGAUGUGUUGCAUUCUAAUGCUAGUCCUUUUCAAGUUUUACUGCUUCCCUACAGGUUUUCGCCUUACUGUAUUCCGGUCUUGUACAAGGAAUCACAACCUGUCAAUAGUGCAGAAGAACCAAGCAAUACAGCUUCCAUUCAUAAAUUGAACAGAUCUUCUUCUGCCAAUUAUAUCUUGGGUUUUCCUUGGCUUAAAGAAAUUGAUGAUGCAAAGCAAAGCCAUGCAGUUGCACUAAUGCUUGCAGAAAGGUUAAUCAGAAGAGAAGAUUGGAGCCACUAUGUGCAUGCAGAGGACAAGGAUCUUGAAGGCAGCCAGUUUGGGAUAUCAUCAGAAAAGAAAAAUAGGCUGCCAGAUCCAAUAAUACAAGCAACGAGACUAGGCAUCAUUGAGGUAGUUCAGGAAAUCCUCAGUGUCUACCCUGAAGCUUCGUAUACCUUCGAUGGAAAAGGAAGGAAUAUACUGCAAAUUGCAGUGGAGGAGAAAAAAUGGGUCUUGUACGACUAUUUGAUGACUAGUGGUACUAACAUGGACAGGAUGCUAAGUGCUAUUGAUCACGAAGGAAAUAGCAUUAUACAUCUCGCAGCACGCCUGGAAUCCCCUCCCAGUACUCCCCCUGGAGUUUUUCAGCAAAUGAUGUGGGAAGUCCUCUGGUUUAAGCGGGUGCAAUAUGACUCUUUUCCAUAUCUCUGGAAACUACAAAAUUCUGAUGGGAAGACAACAAAACAAGUAUUCGAGACGAACCAUGCAAGUCUACGCGAAAAGGCUGAGCAAACUGUGAGAGCAUUGGCCAACACUGUGUUGAUUGUGUCUGUCCUCAUUGGUACCAUAAACUUUGCUGCAAUUUUUACUGUACCUGGAGGUUUCGAUCAAACGACUGGAGAGGCCAUUUUUCUCAAGAACCGGCGUUGGGAAUUCAGCUUGUUGAUGUUCUACUUAGCAGGAGGGCUGUUCUCCUCUCUGUUCACCAUGGGGACCCUGCUUGUGAUUAUCUUUUUGCGAUUUGAAACCGAGGAUUUUUGUGUUUCCCUGCCCUGCUACUAUGUGAUGAACAUGAUUUCCAUCUUCUACUCCGCGGUCUUCACAAUUGUAGCAUGUUGCCAAGCAUUAAUAGUGCAGAAAGUUGUGAUUACCGACUUCAGACCCCUUGUGGCGUUCUUCUUGAUCUAUGGUCUGGUGGCCCUUGUGCUCAUGGAAACAUCAUAUGUUAUAGUCGACUAUGUGUAUCACCUUAUUCGUUAUUACCUUUGUUAUAGAGGCCAAGAAUAUUAAGAACUGACCUUGCUUAUUCAUGUCAAUUUCGUGCAGAUUGAAAAAGUUUGAGCAAGUUUUUUUUU